AAACCACAUGAGAUCUGCAACCAGCCUCAAAUAACCCGUGGAAACCUCCACUUGGAAAACUCUGCCACAAGACAGAAGGACACUAACAAAUACAAGAGACCGCAGAAGAGUCCAAAUCGAGACAAACUGGGAUCUCGCUGAGCUGCUGCUGACGCGUAAAAGGAGACGAUUCGGGAGAGGGCAGAGGGCAUUUGGAGUCGUACCUGUGAGGCUUGGAAGGAAAUGUGCUGUCGUCAGAGCUUUGCAUUUUAAACCGACGGGAUAGUGGAAGAUGAAAAGGAUGCAGUGACGUUACAGGAGAAGCUGAGUUUGCAUAGAUCGUAUCAGGUUUUGGCAUCGGCUGGCAGGAUUAAGGCUUCAACCAAAACAGGUGACAGGUGAUAAACUCAUGUCAACACUUCAUGAAAAGGACUAUAACACUGGAUUAACCAAACUACUAUUGCAAACAAAAGGCUGUCAGAGUGGAGUAGCGCUGGAGGCAGCAAGUGCUGUGGGAAGUUCCUGAGAGUGCAGAGAGGCAGAGUGGCAGUCCCUCACAGAGGAGCACUUGUAUAGAAUAGAGGACUGAACCUCUUUCUGGAAAGGAUAUAAAGGCACACUCUCACGCCUCCUCCUUCUUGUUGGUGUGAUUGUUGUGGCAGCACCUCAGGGAUUUGAAGGAAGCCGGCGCUGGCAGGAUGGUGGUGGUGUGGCUGCCUCAGGAUUGGGCCUGGCAGGCUGUUCUGCUGGUGACUGGACUGGCAGCGCUGAACCGAGGGUCUGAUGCCAACCUGUUGGACACGAUGCUGCUGAAGAAUGGAUGGAAGGGCAGAUCGGAGCGAAGAGGAGAGGAGAGCAGCAGCAGCAGCACAGCCACGGUUUCAGUUCAGAACAUGCUUUGGUGCCACUGCUACCCACACUGCCCCGAAGACUCCGUCAACAACACUUGCAUGACUGAUGGUUACUGCUUCACCAUGGUGGAGGAGGAGGAGGGAGGCCUUGCAGUUCUGACUGCAGGUUGUUUGCGACUGGCCGGAUCUGAGUUCCAGUGCAGAGACACGUGGAACGCGCGUUCGAGGAGAUCUCUGGAGUGUUGCACAGAUCAGGACUACUGCAACAGAGACUUGCAUCCCACUCUCCCUCCGCUCGUGACGUCAGAUUACGUGGACCGCAGCAUCCCGUACAUGGCUCUGUUCAUUUCAGUGACCGUUUGCAGCAUCAUUCUGGGCGUCAUCCUUGUUUUUUGCUACUUCAGAUAUAAACGCCAGGAGUCACGGCCGCGCUACAGCAUCGAUCUGGAGCAGGAUGAGACCUACAUUCCCCCGGGUGAGUCUCUGAAGGACCUGAUAGAACAUUCACGCAGCAUCGGCUCUGGCUCUGGGUCGGGACUCCCUCUACUGGUUCAACGCACCAUCGCCAAGCAAAUACAGAUGGUCAAGCAGAUUGGAAAAGGGCGAUACGGAGAAGUCUGGAUGGGCAAAUGGAGAGGAGAGAGAGUGGCUGUCAAAGUGUUCUUCACCACCGAGGAAGAGAGCUGGUUCAGAGAGACUGAAAUCUAUCAGACCUUCCUGAUGAGACACGACAACAUUCUCGGAUUCAUAGCAGCUGACAUUAAAGGAACCGGCUCGUGGACUCAGCUCUACCUGAUUACAGACUACCAUGAGAAUGGAUCUUUAUACGACUACCUCAAGUCUAACACCUUGGAUGUCAAGGCUCUGCUGAAACUGGCUUAUUCCUCCAUAUCAGGCCUCUGUCACCUACACACCGCCAUCUAUGGCACGCAGGGCAAACCGGCCAUCGCACACCGAGACCUGAAGAGCAAAAACAUUCUGGUUAAAAAGAACGGAUCAUGUUGUAUUGCAGAUCUGGGACUUGCUGUCAAGUUUAACAGUGACACCAAUGAAGUCGACAUCCCAACUAACCUCCGAGUUGGUACAAAGCGCUACAUGCCACCUGAAGUGUUGGAAGAGACCCUGAACAGGAGUGACGUCCAGUCCUUCAUAAUGGCUGACAUGUACAGUUUUGGUCUUAUUGUUUGGGAGAUGGUUCGACGCUGCAUCUCUGGAGGUCAGGAACAAACUGUGUCUUUACUUUAUCUGAAACUAUCUGUGUGGGUCAUUAAGAAUGACAGAUUCUUGUGUGUUUUUCCUGCAGGAAUUGUGGAGGAGUAUCAGCUGCCCUAUCAUGACCUCGUUCCAUCCGAUCCUUCCUAUGAGGACAUGAAAGAAGUGGUGUGCAUUAAGAAACAAAGACCUUCAUUUGCUAAUCGCUGGAACAGUGAUGAGUGUCUACGACAGAUGGGGAAAUUGAUGUCGGAGUGCUGGGCUCAUAACCCGGCAUGUCGCCUCACAGCCCUGAGGGUGAAGAAGACCCUGGCAAAGAUGUUAGAGUCUCAAGAUAUCAAACUGUGACAGAGAGUCGAGAGAGAUGCUCUCAUCACCCACAGACUUGUCAUCGCCACUGGCACAGGCCACUCACACUGGCCAACAGAAGAAAGGGAAAAAAGAGGCUGUGAAUGAUAGAACAAAGGAAACUGACAAGGAGGAUGAGUGACAGAGAUAAUGGUCACCGCAGAGCCAGAAAAAUGAGCAGCAAAAGAUUUAUUAUUUUGUCAGAGGAGAUCUGCCAACUUCCUUUGUCUGAGCCACCUCUGACUUAGUGUUCAGGUUGUGCUUUCUGUGAAAGCUGAGAGUCCGUUGGGUCCAGACUGUCCAGGUGAAGAACCCUCGCAGGAGAGGACUAAAACCCCUCUCAUCAGUUUGAAACAGAGGAAGCUCCUGCUUUGCUCUUCUGAAGCCAUAUAGCAGUAGUGUGUGGGCAGUCUUUUGUACUGUCACAGCUGCCUUUGUGUGUGUUUGUUUUUUAAUUUGUGAAUCAGUCGCUGCAUGCUGUGGCAUCACAGCAGAGCAUCAAGAGUUCACUGUCAGUUCCGUGACGAACGGUGAUUGUCAUCCAUCCAAAGAAAUGUCUAAUUCAAGUUCAGUGACCUCAUUAUCAAGGACAUAUUAAUGUUAUUAUUUUAAUAUUAUUAUUACAGAGCACAGCAGACUAUAUUAAAAACAGCUCCUGCAAAAACAGGCAGGAUAUAUUGUUUUUUUUUAUUGAGUUUUCUUCAUAGUAUUUCUCUGUAUGUUUUGUUUCAAUAUUAAACUACUAUUUGAGCCUCA